AUGACGUACGGGGUCCCGAUAUGGGCGGACGAUCUGAUGGCGAGUCGCUGCAGUAUUCUGCUUCUCAUGUGGCUGCACAGGGUGACCGCCAUCAGAACCGUCAGGGGAUACCGAACUGUGUCCCACGCGUCGGCGACCGUUCUUGCCGCGCCUCCCCCGUGGGAACUUCGGGCGUUGGUGUUCAAGAAACGGUACGUCUGCACGAGAGUGUGGGACCUGGGAGGAGAGGACUCGACCAUGCAGGCGGCCCGAGAGGACCUAGGCACCGCCGAGGAGGACGCGCAGGACCAGUGGCGUUUCCAGCUGGUCAGCAAGGAAGUGGAACACAGGGGCGUAGAGGCCGUCCUCCCACAUUGA